AUGACGAAAUACGUGAAAUCGAUCGAGUGCAGUGACCAGCCAUUGGACGUUUCGUUUCAUCCAAAGCGAGACAACCUAUGUGCAUGUGCUCUGAUCGAUGGAACGGUCGAAGUGCACGAUUUCCUGGCUGAAAACGCAGUGGAUGAUGAAGAUGAAGAUCCUGAUACCAUUCUCUCUUCCAUGAGCGUACAUACGCAAGUUCUAUCCGUGAAGCACAACGAAAAAGUGACAACCAAGCCAGCAUCAUGUAGAGCCAUUACUUUCUCACCCGAUGGAGAAAUAAUUUAUACUGGAGGGAGUGCAGGUGACAUGACGGCAAUUGACUCGAGUCGAGUCUGCACCUUUUCGUCGAAUUCAGAAAAGAAUCUUCUAUGGAAUAUCGAACCUGCAACGGAAGGUGAAUUCAAUCCGCUUGUAAAAAUUUAUCCGUUUCACAAUAGCCCUCUUAUCGCCACGGGAGAUGACUUUGGGGGUGUGCGGAUAUGGGAUUCACGACUUUGUGGGAGCGGAAUGAAAUCGAAAUCAAAUCGCCCUGGAGGAUGUGUCUUUAGUUGGAAAGAAAAUGAGGACUACAUCUCAGACUUUGAUCUUUCCGCAGACGGAAACACACUUUUAGCUACAUGUGCGGAUGGAAGACUCAGCGUAUUUGAUCUACGAAUUGCUCGAGAACCAGUGACAGGGAAAAGCCCAUUUCGCUUGUCUGAUGAUCAGGGAGAUGAACUACUAUCCCUAAAGAUAAUAAAGGGAGGCAACAAGGUUGUAUGUGGCAGCCAAGAGGGAGUGCUCAGUAUCUUUAGUUGGAACACUUGGGGAGAUUGCAGUGACCGUUUCCCUGGCCACCCCUCAAGUAUCGACGCCAUUCUAAAGGUCGACGAGGACACGAUCCUUACAGGAAGCUCUGACGGCUUGAUCCGAGUUGCCCAGAUUCAGCCUGAUAAGUUUGUUGGUGUAUUAGGAAACCACAACGAUUUUCCAAUCGAAAAGUUGGAAUGGAACAGUGAUCGUUCUAUUGUUGGAAGUGUAGGCCAUGACAAUUACAUUCGGCUUUGGGAUGCCCAGGUGCUCCUGGAAGAAGGUUUAGAAGGAGAGGAAUCAGAGGACGAAAGAACAUCUAAGCCAGUUGCUGCACCAGUUGCUGUAAACACAGCCUCGAAAGACGAUAGUGAGGAUGAUUGGGAGGACGAAGAUGAAGACGGCGACGAGGACAGCGAGGAGGAUAGCGAUGGCGACGACAGUGACGAAGAAGAAGAGGGUCCCUCGAUGAACGACCGACGAAAGAAACGUCUUAAAACCGAAAAUGAAAAGUUCUUUGACGAUCUCUAG